GCAGACGCACUGCCGGCCUGGAGGGUCGGGGCGCCUGCGCAGUCGCUCCUCCUUAGGCGGCAGCCAUGGCGGGUCAAGAGGAUCCGGUGCAGCGGGAGAUUCACCAGGACUGGGCGAACCGGGAGUACAUUGAGGUCAUCACCAGCAGCAUCAAGAAAAUCGCGGACUUUCUCAACUCGUUCGAUAUGUCUUGUCGUUCAAGACUUGCAACACUAAACGAGAAAUUGACAGCCCUCGAACGGAGAAUAGAGUACAUUGAAGCACGGGUGACAAAAGGUGAGACCCUCACCUAGAACUGUGCCAUUGCUGCUGCUGGGAAGUUGCUUUACAGAACACAGGCCUACGUGGGAAAGGCCCCAGCAGCCUCAGCUCCUUCCUCUCUCCUUAAAGAGCAACAGGGCUUAUUCUUGUUUUUCUUUUUUCAAAAGCGUGGCCUUUGGGCUCUGCCAUGUACAUCGGUGUGUGAUGUGGCAUGUGGGAAGAAGUCCAGGGGAACUCUCGGAAACAACAUUAGGCAUUUUACCUUUUAAGUAACAUUUUGUAGAACUGUUUGUCAACGUAUUUGAGGCGUGCAGAGCCAGACGCCUGGGACUCUUUGUUAAGGUCCUCCCCACCUCCUUUUCUCCCUCUCUCUGUCUCUCUCUCUGUCUCUGUCUCUCUCUCACACACACACACAACACACACACACACACUUUCCUUACAGCUCUCAUUGCCUCUGCAUUGGUUCUAUAAACAGUCUUUGUCUGCUUUCCACCUUUGGUGGGGGGGUGAUAGGCAGUCCUGUCUGAGACACUUAUGCCCCGGCAAGGUGGCCACAAGAGAAUGUUGUUGGUAACCCACCAGUUUCUUGUCCUUUUGGGGAGGUCAAGGCCAGGCCCCCACUUGGCUUGAAGGGACAUUUUCAGAAUUUUCUUUCUGUCACUUGGGGUGUCUUUGCCUCUCAUAUUUCCCUAAUAAACUCCUCAACUUUA